AGACAAAGGGGGGUGUAUCGGCAGGGUGAAGUUGCGCGGAAUGGGAAGCGGAUAGAGCAGACAGAAGGAUGCGCGCAGGCGUGAAACGGACGCGGUGAACGCUCGGCAUCCGCGUGGCGCGAGUUAGAAGUUGGCUUCGCGCUUUUAGUCUCGGCCCGUGUCUCUUCUCGUUCAUCUUCUCGUUCACCCGUCCGUAGAACGGCCAACAAGAGGGACGGAGCCGCGCCGUGUUCCUGAUUCCUCGCCUGCGAAUUUUCGUCGAAGGAAGGGAAGAAGAAGAGAGAGAAAACGGAUCCGCAUCGCGAGCGAUGAAGCGGAUGGACGCUAGGAUGCUCGGCGAUGAUGCUCGUCCACGUGUUUUCAUCCUCGCCACGAAACGCGUUCUUCUUUCGUAGCAUCGAAAGCCUCGAGCAUCCAUCGAUCCCCCUUCCCCCACCGCAUCGAGGGAGACGCGGCGUUCGAUGGAACGGGUGAAAAAUGUCCGAGAAGAGUUCAAACGAGAGAGUUCUCGAGGGGAGAAAGAGGAGCACCGCUCAACGAAGAUGGCGCAUCCUCGCCAAGGCGUUGAUCGGCCCCCAGGAGCCGAUCUCCCUCGAUCCUGAGAACGAGAUAUCGGUGCGCCGUUUCACGAGUUUCGAUCUGUUGAGAGUGAAUCGGUUGGACGGGAACAGCGCGGAUCCGGACUCGUCGGCGGCUUGGUACGAAUACUCGACCGUUUUGGACAACAAGCUGUUCACCGUCGAGAUACGGCGAAGAACGAAGAGGAAUUUCACGGCAACCGAGUUGAUCGGGUUCAACAAUACGGGGAACAUAUGCGUAUGGCCGUCGGAGGAGUGUUUGGCUUAUUACUUGUUGAAGAAUCGGCAACUGUGUCGGAACAGAAGGGUGCUCGAGCUCGGUGGCGGUAUGAGCUGUUUGGCGGGGGUGCUCGCCGCAAAGUACUGCGACCCGAAGGAAAUCGCGCUCACGGACGGGAACGUGACCAGCGUGAACAACGUGCGACGAAUCGUGUCUAGGAACGGCAUGUCCGAUUUCGUCGAGUGUGGCGUGGUACAGUGGGCCAAAGCGGCCAGGGCGAUCAGGGCAGCAAGAUCGGUCAGGCCGUUCCUACACCCCCAUCCCAACGCUCUUCGAGUCAAGGUGAAUUAUUCUUCUCGCGUGUUACGCGUUUCGCGCGCCCCUCUUUCACGCGAUGAUGCGUGAGUGCGUGCGUUCGAGCUUUUAAAGCCUUCUCGCUCGGAUCACGCGCCUGCGCACUUUCGUCCAUCCAGUGCGAACGAUAAAUUCCAGUUGAUUUGCCGCCACGAUUGUCCGCCACGCUAGUUUUCUAUUUUCUAUCGCAUAUAUCGAACAACCGUGAAUCAUUCGAUAUGCACGCGAUUUCUCUCGAUACGAUAAUCUUUCACGAUAUUUAUUCUCACGAUGCACGACAAUCACGAUCAUCUACUUUGCUAUUC